UAUUAGUCCUCUUUUGUAAUUGAUUUCGGUAGACGUCUUUUGUGUGUCGUUGCGGUUUUAUUAUAAUUGUUUUUGUUUAAAUAAAGUAAUAUCUGUAUUCGCUACAUAAAUUACGAAUCCGCUGCCCUGUGAUUUAGUGAAACUGUGCCUUUGGUCAAUUUCUAUAUUGAUCAGCUGACUUCAACAUCGGGAAGAUCAAGCUGGCUCAAAAAUUAAGAAGAAACGUAAGCUAAUAGUCUAGUUCACAAAUAAUAAGCGAUGGAUCCUGGUUACUUCGACACCGUGAGGGAACAGAACCCGAGGGAGAGAAGUAACAUAUUAGCAAAGUUAUGUUUUCUGUACACGUGGCCCAUAUUUGCGAAGGGGAGGAAAGGUCAGCUCAGUAUAUCAGAUAUGUACAGAUGUGCACCUUAUCAUCAGGCGACACCUCGGGGCGAUGUGAUGUCAGAAAUAUGGAGUCAACAAUUAAGUAAAAGAGAUAAAGGCAAGCAACCUUCGCUCCUCAAAACAGUUCUCAAAAUACACGGUUGGCCGUUCGUUAUAGGAAAUGCAAUUUUUGGUGUCUUAGAGAGUAGUACAAGACUGUUAAUCCCAGUGUGCCUUGAAGGCCUUAUAAACUACUUCACGCCGUCUCACGCGGGGGUGUCCAGUACAGAGGCUUAUUUAUACGCUGCAGGUGUAGUUGGACUAAUGGCUUUCAACGCGGCUAUGAUGCAUCCAAUGCUGUUGUGGCUGUUGGAGAUGGCGCUGAAGAUCAGAGUGGGGUGCUGCUCGCUUAUCUAUAGAAAGCUCCUCCGUCUUGACCUGACAGUGGGGGGCAAAGCCUCCGAAGGCCUGGCCGGCCACGUCAUAAACUUGCUCACCACAGACGCCCAGAGAUUCGACAUGGCUUCACUGUUCCUCGUGGAUUUGGUGAAAACCCCUCUAGAGAGCACCCUCAUAAUAUACCUGAUGUACAGGCAGAUUGGAUUCGCCGCUCUUAUUGGGGUGGCGUUCCUAUUGCUUUUUAUACCGUUACAAGGUUACCUCGGCAAGAUAUCAAGCAAGCUCCGUCGGAAGACAGCCGUGCGAACGGAUAACCGUAUAAGGUUGAUGAACGAGGUCAUUCAGAGUAUUGAGGCUAUUAAGAUGUACGCGUGGGAGAGUGCGUUCGCGAAGAUCAUUGCCCACGCUAGGAAGAAAGAAAUGAGCGUGAUAAAGAAGAUGUCGUGGCUGCGAGCGGUCAUGAUAUCGUGCGUGAAGCUGAACACCAAAGUGGCGAUAUUCCUCAGCAUCAUAUCGUACUUGUCGUUCGAUAAUGAUCUCACGGCGGCGAAAGUGUUCGUCGUGUUCGCAUACUACGAGAUGUUGAGGUACACCCUGGUAGACUUCCUCCCAUUAGGCAUAACGUUCACUUUAGAAGCGUAUGUGAGCGUGAAGCGGAUGCAAGAGUUCUUACUGCUAAGCGAAGUGGACAAUAAAGAUGGCGUCGAUCUGAAGAAAAUCAACGUUGGAACCGCUAAUGGCGUCUUCGAGAAGAUUGGGAACGGCCAACAAGCGUACAUCCGUUCGGAGAGCAACCUGGAGCAGCCGAAGCCCCAAAGCCUGGUGGUGAUGAAGCACUUCAGCAGCCGCUGGAGGUGCGAGGGCGACGAGAAGGAGGUGCCGGCGCUGUGUGACGUCACUCUCACCAUAAAACCCGAAUCCCUGACCACAAUAGUUGGUACAGUGGGGUCAGGGAAGUCAACGUUACUCCAGGCCAUACUGCGGGAGGUCGCGCCCACGGCGGGCCACUUGGAGGUCAACGGAGUGGUGGCUUACGCGGCGCAAGAGCCUUGGCUUUUUGAAGCUUCGGUCCGCCAAAACAUCUUGUUCGGUCAACAAAUGGACCUAAGGAGGUACAAGCAAGUCAUCAAGUGUUGCCAACUUAAAACUGACUUAGAUAUAUUACCCCACGGCGACAAGACCAUCGUCGGGGAGAGGGGUGCAUCUCUCUCAGGCGGCCAGCGUGCCCGGAUAUCUUUAGCUAGAUGUGUGUAUCAGAAUGCUGAUCUUUAUCUCCUAGACGAUCCACUGGCCGCUGUAGAUGCUAAGGUCGCCCAAGCCAUCUACGAGGACUGUAUCCGCGGCUUCCUCCGCGACAAGUCGACGGUGCUGGUGACGCAUCACGUGCAAUACGCGAGGCACGCCAGUCUCGUCUGCGUCAUGAGGAAGGGUAGCAUCGUUGCCCAAGGCACGUACAACGAGCUCAAGAACGGCGUGGCCGACUUCAAGGAGCUGAUAGAGAUGGGUGAGAAGGUGGAGGAUGAGAAACAGAAGGCCAAGGUGGUCAUUCAGGAGACUAUGGAACACACAUACAAACUUCGCUCCCAACGGUCGAUGUCCGAGGCGUCGCAGCUGUCAUUCAAUUUGGACCUAGAUAACAAUCUGGAUCCUAAAUACGAAGGCGAGAAUCAGAAGAAAGGGUCAGUGGACAACAGCGUGUACCUGUCGUACAUAAAAAGUGGCGGGAACAAAUGUUACAUGGCACUGUUGUUCGCUCUUUUCAUAUUCGCGCAAAUUUUCUACGCGGCCACGGAUGUGUGGUUAAAGGAAUGGGUGAAUUUAGAAGAAAGAAACAGUGCUCUAUUGAGAGAUUUUAAAAACAAUACGUCUACGGUAGACGACGGGACUAACAGCACGGCAAUACCAAUCGUUCCAGAUGUGGACUACACGGCAAUACCAAGCAACUAUUUCCAUCUGACGCGGGAGCAAUGCGUCUACAUCUACGCAUCGCUGAUAGGAAUUUGUAUUUUUUUCACGUGGAACAAGUUGGUAGUGUUCUAUAACACUUGCAUUAGGGCGUCUGUGAGCUUGCACGAUGCUAUGUUCAGAGGUGUUACCAACGCGCCCAUGUGGUUCUUCCACCACAACCCUUCGGGGCGGAUCCUCAACAGGUUCUCCAAGGACAUGGGUCAAAUUGACACUUUAUUGCCGAUGGCGCUAGUGGACUGCCUUGGGUUCUUCUUAGAAGUGGUAUCAAUCCUGAUUGUGGUGUGCCUCGUCAACUGGUGGCUGCUGCUACCCACCGCGAUGGUGGCGGGUCUUCUGUUCCUGCUGAGGAACCUGUUCCUGUCUGCCAGCAGGGAGCUCAAGAGGAUAGAGGCUAUAGCUCGAAGCCAGUCCCUCAACCACGCGGCCGCAACAGUCUCUGGACUGACCACAAUCAGGUCGACGCGUGAACAGCAAAGAACAUUGGUGGCGGAGUUUGAUAAACUACAAGAUCUCCACUCCUCGUGCUGGGCCUCGGUAUUGAGUACCAACAGAGCUUUCGGCUGGUGGAUGGAUAUGCUGUGCUGCCUGUAUCUAGCGUGCGUCACGUUCAGCUUCUUCCUCUUCUCCGGGGAAGAAACUCUGGGCGGCAACGUGGGAUUGGCUAUCACCCAAGUGAUAGGUCUCGUGGGCAUGUGCCAGUUCGGCAUGAGGCAGACUGCCGAGGUCGAGAACCAGAUGACGUCGGUAGAAAGAAUAUUGGAGUACCAGAAUCUACCACCGGAACAACCCGUCGAAAUGAACGCCAAGGCCUUGAAGGCGAAUCAUCCCGAUUUGGACUUUGACAAGUGGCCUACUAAAGGUGAAAUAGUAUUCGAAGACGUGAGUCUAGAAUACGAACGGCUGCCCCAGAAAGACCAGGGCGACGUGAAGAAGCUGGAGGAGCCUUCCUUCGCCAUCAACCACGUGAGCUUCUCCAUCAGCCCCGCGGAGAAGGUGGCCGUGGUGGGGCGGACCGGCGCCGGGAAGAGCUCCUUGAUCAAUGCUCUGUUCAGGCUUAGCCGUAUAUCCGGAAAAGUGACCGUGGACGGGGUGACAGCAGACGAAGCAGGGCUUCGUUGUUGGAGAUCCCGCCUGUGCGCUUUGCCCCAGCGUCCGGCUUUGUUCGCGGCCGCUUUGAGAGACAAUCUCGAUCCACAGCACAAGUAUAGCGACGCGGAGAUCUAUGCGGCUUUGGACCAGGUGGAACUCCGCGAAAUGGUAUCCAACAUGGCGGCGGGUCUUAACACGAAAGUGGGCGACGGUGGGGGAAACCUGUCUAUAGGGCAGCGACAACUCGUGUGCUUGGCACGAGCUGCUUUGGCCGGCUGUGCUGUGUUGGUGUUAGACGAAGCUACGGCCAAUGUUGAUACAGAGACAGACAAACACAUUCAGAACACGAUACGCACGAAGUUCGCGAACGCCACUGUCCUCACCAUUGCGCACAGACUCAACACCGUCAUGGACUACGACAGGGUCAUCGUCAUGGACAAGGGUCGCGUGGUGGAAACGGGUCACCCGUAUGAGCUACUAACCCAGACACCACAGGCAAAAACAGAGUUGCCCAAACGGACUAUAUUGUCAAAAACACAGGCACCUCUAGCAAUACCGGAGAACUUUGCUUUUGAGCCUUCAACACAUGAAGGCAGCGACAAGAAUCGAACCAGGACUUACUCGGCCCGGUCUGAAGCGAGCGAGUCGGAGAAUGGAAUAUUCAAGAUGCUGGUCGAACAGACAGGAAAGGAGACCGCUGCCAUGCUUUACAAAAUGGCGGAGGAGAGCUACAAAAAGAUGUUGGAAAAGAAGAAUACCUGAAUCGUAGAAUCUGGAAGACAAAUAGAAAAAUCUGCAUUUUGUAUUUAUACGAUGCAAUCUUAAGGAAACGGAAGGUGGAAUGUUUCGGAAAUAGGACAUUAUAUACUUAGUACUUAACUUCAAACUGGGUAAAUAUGAUUGGACAUUCCCUUGAAUGAAUUAAUUAUUAAUAUUUUUUUUAUAAAAAUACCUAUAUAUAUGAGCAUUUCGUUGAACUUAUUAAUUCAACAUAAUGUAUAUAUUAUACCAUAUAUAUGUAUCUAUAUAUCAUUGAGUAACAGUUUUUUUAUUUUUUGUUAAAUACCCUUAAAUAUUCCCAGUCUUUUCAAGACUGUCGGCUAUGUCUACCUCGUAAGAGAUAUAUAAACGUGAUUACAUGUAUGUAUGUAAUAUUAUAAAAAUAAACAACCAUAGCCAAAAUAAGAUGUCUUCCAUGUCUUUUACGCCAUUUUUUUUUACAAAAUGUUCCAUUUUUAUUUACCCAUUUUGACACAAUUGGAGUUACCAGUUAAAGUAAUGAAUUUAUUUUUAUAGUUAAUUUAUGUGUAAAAAGAAAUAAUGAAGAAAAAUACUUAAAACCCAACAGCAUUUAUUUUUCUCGAAAAUUAUUCGAAUAUUUUACUGAGCAGUAUUCGUUGUUUUUAAAUUUAAUUACUUAAUUUUUUUAUUAUUUUAUAUAAGUGAUUUUAUUUUAUUAGGUGAUUUUUCAAUAUAGGCUAUUACAGGAUUGUGCUUUCAGUUUUAUGGAUAAAGCUUAAAUACGCGUCCGAACAAACGAAUAAUGUGUAUAUUUUAAAAUACAUAAACGUCAUGAAAAAUGCAUGUCUCAUAUUAAUGGUUAGACAAAAUUGAUAAAUUGUCAAUUUACGAAGUCGAUAUUUCAAUUCUAUGAAACGCCUUAAUAUUUUAGGAAGCUGAGCUUUUAAAUUAAAUUUAGCUGUGGUAUUGAAAAAAAUCUAUUCAUAUUAUUCACGUACUUAGUCUAUUACUAUGUCAAUACUGCCAACCAAUUAAUAAUUAUUCACUGUUCGCUAAGCUAAUUGGAAAGGUCGGUUGAAUCAAAUCUCGCCUUUUGUACUUAAAUGUACUUAAUAUUUUUGGUGCUAAUUCUUGUAAGAAAUUAAUAAGUCAGUCGCUAUACAUAGUUUGGAAUUGUAAUUAGUGAAAAGUGGUUACUCAAGUACUCUCAUCAUUAAUUACUUAUUGUAGUAUGAUAAAUAAUACGCGUAUAACUUAUGUUUGUUUUCAUAAAAUUCUUAAUUUUAAUGCAGCUAUUACUAAAAGAUAGAUAAUUUCUUCCUAUAAUAAAACAAACCGGGACUCGAAUUCGAAAACUCGAAAUUAAAUUAAAAAAAAAAGAAAUAAGAAUUAUUACAUUAUAGUGCUUCUAUAACAAGGGCUUGCCUUAAAUCAGUGAUAUCAUAAAUC